AUGGCGCCGAUUCUCAGACCCCGAAUGAGCCUGUCAAAGGACAGGUUCCCAACCUACUUUAACAAUCUCAGGAGUCAGCCAUAUACUGAUCCGAAUUCAUCACGGGCGGCUGGCCCGUUGAAUUUGAGAUCAAUUGCAUGGAAUCCCCCUGGGACUCUGAUCGCCACGGGUUCAGCAGAUAGGACACUGCGAGUCUGGAACCCGGAGAAACCCAAUGUCAAGUUUUCAACGGAGCUCAAAGGUCAUCAGGCAGGCAUCGAAAAAGUAGCCUUUAAUCCUACAAAAGAUGCUGAGCUGUGCAGCUUAAGCAGUGACGGAGUGGUACGGUUUUGGGAUGUGAGGACCAAGGCUUGCUUCAAUGAGGUCACAGGUCUAGGUGACGCGAUGACGCUCGUUUGGGCCCCAGAUGGGCAGACACUGCUCGUCGGAAACAGGUCGGAUAACAUCUUUGUUCUAUCGCCAACACAGUCGACCCCCCUAGCCUCACAUCAGCAGACAGUGCAAACGAAUCAGAUUGCCUUUUGCUGGAGUGGGAAGAAGAUAUUUGUCACCACGUCCGAAGGGCAGAUUAGAAUACUAUCAUAUCCCGAGUUUGAGCCGGUACUGCGUCUAGGAGACGGCGACGAUGCCGCAGAGUUCACCCUCAAGGGUCAUACCGCUUCAUGCCUGACCGCCGAGCUGCAGCCCAUGGGCCGGUAUCUCGCCACGGGAGGAGCAAACUCCAUUAUAGCGCUAUGGGAUACCACAGACUGGCUGUGCCAGAGGACGAUCACGAGGAUGACGGGCCCAGUGAGGAGCAUAAGUUUCACAUUUGAUGGCAGCUACGUCGUCGGUGGCAGUGACGAAGGUAAGUCAGCGACUUGGGAGGCCGCUGUUAUCUGUCUCGGACGACAAUGGCGGCCCGACACAAUGCCCUCUGUAUUGGCUGGCCAAGUUCCGGACGCUCUGCUGAUCCAUCAUCCCAACAGGCAACGGACUGGAAGUAACGCACGUCGAGACGGGGGAGCACGUCCACACGUUCAAGACGGCCGGAUCAUGUCCAGUGGUGGCUUGGGCGCCGACCCGCUACUGUUUGGCGUAUAG